GCAAGACAAACAAGAAGAUAUCUAGUUGGAAUAAGAAACUAUGCUCAAUUGUCUACUAAAAGGAACCUAUCUGCUUUUGAAUUAGGAAGGAAAUGUGGUAUAUGUUGUAAAUCUGAGUACAAUAGUAGAACAUGCCUAAAUGCAGAAAGUACAAGUGAAGAUAGUGAGGCUUAA